UGCAUGUAAAUCUAUUGUAUGAGACCUCUAAAACAAAAUUAGGCACGUUUCAAAAACCAUAAUAGGUGCACUUUAAUGUUACUUUAGCCCAUUUGACAAGGACGGAACAGAGGGUUUUGGGGAGUGUCUGACGGAGAUUUGGCAACCCUGUGAGAAACGUUGAGGAAGUUUUGUUUACAUUGUGCGGCUUUUCUGUAAAGCAGCUGCUUUACUUCUGAUCCAAAUAGCCUGUGGAGCACUAGAUAAUCCAGGCUCGUCGCUUGAUGUGCUUUAUAGAGUUGAUCCAACAUGGCGCGUAAUUCAGCAUGCCAGACUCCUUUAGACCCAGUGAGAAGGUUGCCAGUGAAGACAGGAAUCACAGUGCUGGUUACUGUUGUGUUUUUUAAGUGUUUAUUCUCGUGUCCGUGCGCGAGUCCGGAGGAAACCGCUGUGCACUGCUGGCUGUACCUGCUGCUUCCUGUAGGCAUCACGUUCUUCAUCGUCAUCCUGGUGGACACCCAGCUGCUGAAGCUGUGCCAGUGUUAUGUGUGCAGAUGUUGCGCGCGAGCAGAGAGCAGAUGUUGUGCGGCAGGCUGCUGUGACAGUGUGGAGUGCUGCUGCUGUGCUGCUGGUUACUGUUACAGACCGACACACUGCUGCGGGGAAGAGGUGUGUUACUGCUGCGCUCUUCUCGGGACCUACCUGCGGAGGGUUUUCUGCGCCUCGGCGCUGUGGAUCGUGGUCGCGCUGAUAGACGGAGACUGGUACGUCUGCAUCCGCACUGUGACUGCCAACGGGACCGGACAGCAACAGAUCGCCUGCAAGGACUUCCCAACACCGGAGGAAGCAGAAACUCUGAGGAAAUACAAUAGUGAGUCGCGGAUUAUCGCUUUGAUCAUCAUCCUGGGUCUUUCCUUCCUGCUGGUGGUAAGUACCGCGAUCACGAGCAGGUGGAAGCCGUACUACAAGUCGGUGUUUGAGGCGUAUGUGGAGCAAGAGACAGCAGCCAAGCUGGAAGAGAAGCUGCACGAGCAGGCCGUGGAAAGAGCAAAGCUUCUCAGCGAGACUGCGUUACGCUGCGUUCACAGUCAGCACGAGAACAGCGGACAGGGAGAGGGACACAUUCAGUACCAACCGCUAACAGAGACGGACGAGAACAUGUGGAGGAAAAUAUCCCACCCGGCAUUCCAUCUGCUAGGAGUGAGGAUCCAUUCCUGAGGUGUUCAGACAUCCAGGGCAUCGAGAGCGUCCCAUAUGAAUAUAUGAAGACCCAUCGAUGUGCGGGAGUCAAACGGCCCACGUUGACUCUUACGCUGUUAGCAGUGAUAAAAACAGACAAGCUAUACCACUCCAGUGAACCUGUAACUGACAAGCAUGGCUUAUGACAUAAUGCUAAAGCCUUGCUUUCUUUUUAAAACGCUAUUUAAGAACUAUUUAAACAAAAGAUCCGGUAUUAGGAAAAAAAAAACCUCUUUCAGUUUCAUUUUCAAGAAAAGCGCUCACAAACACUAUAGACGGUGACACAGUCGAGUUUGAGAAACCGGUUUCAGAUAAACAGGUUCCGAGUUUGAAAGUAGUACAAUGGGAGGAAACGUGGAAACGUGGAAACGUGUCAUGGCAUGUUGUCUUGCUGUUUUAACAUGUUAGAAGUUUCGAGAUGAUCGUCUACAGACGGUUAGAGCGGCAGAGAAUUGAAGGGUGUGUAAAGAGUUAUAAUAUCUGUUAUGUUAUAACCAGAUUCCGUUCUGACCCACAUCCUCAUUUACAUUUACGGCAUUA